UCAAAACAAUAAUUUUAUUGAAAAAGCCGAAAAUAAAGAAAAAAUCUACAAAAAUCUUUAAAACAAUUUGCAAAAAAUAUGGUUUAUAUACAUUUUCCUUCGAACCUUACCGAGGAGGAGCACAUGCUCCAGGCAAAAUAUCAGAAACUAAAGAAAAAGAAAAAAGCUCUGCAACUGAUGAAGGCACCUAAACAAGAACCGGAGAAGCCAACUCUAAAGCGUCCCACAGAUGCACGUGAUGCUAGGGAAGUUGCACGUAAACUGAUAAAAAGUGGUGCUAUACCAGCAAUUCAGAAGCAACAAACAAAGCAGGAUCAAACUUCUUUCAAACGACCUAAAGGUCAAGAGCGUAAGCGUCCAUUACCUGAAACUUCAGUGGCCGCAUACCAGCCCUUCUCUUCCACACAAAACGAUGUAGCACAGGAGACAAUUAUCAGUGAAAUUAUUAAAGAAGAACCACGCAUGCAAAAUUUAUACCAACAUUUUGCAUCAGAACGUGAUCGUGAGGAACGCGGUUUAAAUGACAAAACUCCCUUGGAUCCCAAUCAAGGAGAUAAGCCACGGGCUGGUAAUACAAUAUUUGUAUCGGGUAAUAAAGUAACCGAAGAGUAUCUCAAGAAAACUUUCAAUGAUUACGGCACAAUUGUGAAUGUGUCCAUGGAAAUUGAAAAGGGACGUGGCUUUGUAACUUUUGCUAAACCUGAAUCAGCCGACCGAGCUAUUGCUGAAAUGCAUGGCAAAAGCAUUAAUGGCAUUAAUCUUCAGGUACAAUUGGCUCGUCGUCAACCACAAAUUGAACCCAUAAAUGAUGCCUCAUCCUCGGCCGUCUGGUCUUCCAUAGCUGCUAGCAAGUCUCAAAAAGGCAGCCAUAAGGACAGACGUGAAAUGGUUCAAUACGACGAAGACUUUUUACUAUAAUAAAGUUUCCCUUUAAGUUUCUCAUUCAUUUAAUCAAGAACAAUCAUUAAAUCAUCGUGCAUACAAAUAAUAUUCAUCAAAUCUAAGCAAAAUUAAUAAUGAAAAUUCAUUUAUCAAAUAACAA